AGACAGGAAGCACCGCGCACCCCAUCGCCAAGGGGCUUCCGGCCCGGGGUCAGCUGACUCGCUGCCUCACGCUGUGACGGCUGGUGCUGCGGGUAACGGGGCGGCCUGGCGGGGCGGCAGGAGGAGGCUCGGCCCGAGGGAGGCGCCAUGGCGACCACCGUCAGCACACAGCGGGGCCCGGUGUAUGUUGGUGAACUUCCUCAAGACUUUCUUCGUAUUACUCCAACCCGGCAGCAACAGCAAAUCCAACUGGACGCCCAGGCAGCUCAACAGCUGCAAUAUGGAGGACCCAUGAGUACAGUAGGCAGACUGAGCAUUACUGUAGUACAGGCAAAAUUGGCAAAGAACUAUGGAAUGACCCGCAUGGAUCCCUACUGCCGGAUACGGCUGGGGUACGCUGUGUAUGAAACCCCCACAGCACAUAAUGGAGCCAAGAACCCUCGCUGGAACAAAGUUAUUCAGUGCACUGUUCCUCCGGGUGUGGACUCUUUUUACCUAGAGAUAUUUGAUGAGCGAGCCUUUUCAAUGGAUGAUCGCAUUGCUUGGACACACAUUACAAUUCCUGAAUCUCUAAAACAAGGAAAUGUGGAGGAUGAAUGGUAUAGCCUGAGUGGAAGGCAGGGUGAUGACAAGGAAGGAAUGAUUAACCUGGUGAUGUCAUACACGUCUUUGCCAGCUGCCAUGAUGAUGCAGCCCCAGCCAGUGGUUCUGAUGCCCACUGUAUACCAGCAAGGAGUGGGAUAUGUGCCUAUAGCAGGGCUUGAAUACUUUGCUCUGGGAAUGCCUGCAGUCUGUAAUCCUGACAUGGUACCUGUGGCAAUACCACCUCCUGCAGUCAAUCCUCAGCACCUGUGUAAUGAAGAGGACCUGAAAUCUAUCCAGGACAUGUUUCCCAACAUGGACAGAGAAGUAAUCCGCUCAGUGCUAGAAGCUCAGAGGGGGAACAAGAACGCAGCUAUCAACUCCUUGCUUCAGAUGACUGAAGAAUCCUAGAAUCACUUCCUGCAUUGUGCUUUUCCUCAAUGCCACUUAUUUUUACUUGCCAAGCCAGGGAUUUAGCUAGAGGAAGAAUUUCCUAACAGUUUGCUGUUAGUGCAUCCUGUAUUCAAGAAUAUAUCCCCUUUUCUCCUUGAGCAUUUGGAUCUUUUCACUUUCUUAUGCUAAACUGAAUAUGUGCAGGUAGAGAAUGUCCUACAGUACAUCAAUGAAACAUCUUUGAUAUCACCUGUGCCCUGUUUGGCUGUAUUCUGAGGGAAUAAUGCUGCUUUUUCUCCUUUUUCUCACUCUGUUCAGAAACAUGUUCUUACAGAGUAACUCUAUGCAGUAUGAGAUUUACUACUGAUUGUUAGAUUGGAAAAAUUGCUUUUCCAAUGGAGGGGUUGCUUUUUAAUCAAUUUAUUUGCUGAAGUGUUUAGGUUUAACCAAGCAACCUGUUUAUAGAAGAAAUUGAAUGAAAGGCCUGCUCCUUGUCCUUGCAGUGCUCAGUUAUUGCUGUGAAAUAUGCAACUGCUUGUGAUUGAUGGAAGACUUUUGGUUUAACAAGUUAAAUUUCUAAGGUUGUGCUUGUUGGUAUUUCUAAUGAGCAUCUUGCCUUCAGUGUAGUCAUUGAGCACCAAAGCAGUAUAUUAUCUCUGUGUAUUUGCGGCUUUUAUCACACCACAGAACAUGGUUAUCUAUCUUAAAAUCUUUGCAAAUGACUUCUUAACUUGUGCAGUCUACUGCUAUAGCAGAGAGCAGGACUGAGCCUGAAUGUACUCCCACUGCAAAUUGCUGCGUUCCCAUGACUGUUUCAAAGGAUGAUCAUAGAAGAAACUGUUUUGUACCUGGAGAAUUGGUGAAGCUGUAAAGAUUGAAGGUAUUGCUGUUGACUUACUAAGUGUAUGUAUGAUCUGUUUAAGGCUUCUUUCUUCACAUCUAUAUUUCAGCAAAAUUACCAUUUUAUAUUGGUAGACCGUUGUAUUUCUUCGUGCAGUUUGAAAGUACAAGCAUGGAAAACAGUCUCUAUCUUUGAAUGUCACUGAGUUGCCCAAUGACUUUGAUUGUGUUUGCUGUGGUCACAAAAUGGUUGAGAAUGGAGGGCAUCUCUGAGGGUCAGCUGGUCCAACACAAUUUGGUACAGGUGGAAAUAAAUUCUUCGUGGGAGAAAAUGUAACAUAUCUGACUUUAUCUGAUUCCCAGAGGAGGUGAGAGGUGGCUUGUAUUUAUUAUUAGUUUUUUCCAGGAAACAGUUCAUCUUGGAGCUGCAGAACCUUACAGUAGGCACCAGGUAUCCUGUCAGAUAAUGUUCUGCAGCGUCUUUUGGUAGGCGAUAAAGUAAUGCACUUUAAGUAGUACGUACCAGUUAAUUUUUUCAGUGAUGUGCAAUGUUGCUGUUUUAUCUUUUUUAAUGUUUGAUUUCAAAUACUUUCUACAAUAGCCAUAAGCUGUUACAUUUUCAAGAGUUGGACUGAAUGUACACUUGAAAUCCAGUCUCUUAACUGAUUCAUGAGAACUCUAAAGCAGAGUCUGGAAUAGAGAUGAGGGGCUCUUGUUCUCUUAUUCCUCAAACUCUGCUGCAUGUCACACACUUAAAAUAUUCUGUCAUAUCUGCUGAAAAGCUGAUUGAUUUUUUUCCCCCUAUGUACACAUAAGAAAUAUUUAGGUAGCACUGGUGGUAAAGUGUGAAUAUUUAUUUGUUUAUAAUUAAAAAAUGAUGCUGGAACUUUUAAAAUAGCGUUCAAAUCUAUCCUGGUUCUUUUGAAGCUGUUCUUUUUCAUAAUAAAGAACUUUACAUUGUAUUACAAAUCCCCCUGCAGUCGUAAAUUUACCCUUGAAAGCAUAAAUAUGCUUAUAGAUCCUCCCAUGGUCUUGAUGAGAUUCGAGGUACACUUGUCAUGCUUUAGUAGUGGAGUCCCUGCAGUUUGUUUUUCUAAAAUAAAACGGGUGGUCAUCCAGAAACCUGUUGUCUCCAUAGCACAGAAACUUGUUGAUGCCCAAGAGGGUAAAUAUUCAUGGAGUUUUAACUCUCGGACAUCUCCAGGAAGACCUCCCCUGUGCUGACUUGUACUCAGAGGGAAUUGAUAGAGAUGUAACAAUUCAGGGAAAAUGUAUCUAUUGGAUUUUUGUUUUUAUAUUACAAUGCUGGGAUCCACAAUAGCAGCUUUUUAUAAAAGCAGCAGUCACAGUUCAACUCAAUGGCUGGUAAAUUGUAGUGCAUCCUGUGACAGCUCUGUUUCAAGGAUAAAACAAACGCUCUUCAGUUCUAACCAUCAGGAGGAAUGAGAAUGCUAGGUUAGCUAGGCUCAGUCAUAAACUGGUUUCCAGGCCUCUGAGCAAGCUGUAGCUCCUGUGAAACAUUUGUUGUCGUUGUUAGUUUGUUUUAUGCAAAAUAGGGUAGGUAGGAGCUGAGGACAGAGAUUUAGAGGUGGUGAGACCAGUAGAUGGGUAUCAACAUGUUGUACCGUAUUUAAAUGCUGUUCUUGGGAUUUUUAUCUUGAAAUACCUAAGCAUUAUAGCUGAAAGUGUUAGUUCAAGAUCUUCUUUUAAAAACAAACACUGAUUGUGAUCCUACUCAGCUUUUCAACAUGAAUAGACGCUCAGUCAAUCUGCUCAUUCAGGUUUGAAUUGGAAAGAGGUGGAAAAAAGGUGGGGGGGAGUAGGUUGGCCUUCCUGCGGUCUGUGAAGUGAAAGCGUUAGAACCAGAAGUCUGGUUCUUGGAAUCAGUCGCCACUGUUGUAGCUUUCAAUGAAAUGCUGAUGGGAUGGUAACUAUUGGACACUGUUCUUCUGCUCAACAGCUUCAAGCAGCUCAGAGCCAAAGCCAGAUGUAAAGCCUGGCACCUGCUUGAAGUGAGUGCUGUUAGUACUGAUUUGAGUCCUUCCAAGAGCCUGAACUUGCUAAGAAUAGGAACAUUUUUUGUCUAGCUAGAUCCUUGCUGCUUUCUUCUCUACUGCUGUUUGCAUCUGUUGAUGGUACCGAAUGUUUUUUCCCUUACAAAUGUUAUUGCUUGUUUGGUUGAUCUGUAAUACAAUACAGAGAAUGUUUUUUGCUGUAAUAAUUCCGAAGACAUUGUUUCUGUCUGUAUUGAGGUCCAGUGUCCAAAUGUUUCUUGCACUCCAGAAUACAAAAACUUUUUUGUUCUAAUUUAAUAAAUGUAUCAUCUAAAUGAAA